AUGGGCAACGAUCCGUCAGGCUACGUCACGGGCUCGGGCAAAGCACAGCUGUACACUUCUCUAGCACCUGCCGACACGGAUGAUUCGUCGACCUGGCCCAGCGGUGAGUUGAGAAACCAAAACGUCGGCACGAUCCAAGUGAACGCCCGUGGUCGGGCCGUGUGGGAAGCUGGUUCGGGACCAGGUGCUACUGCCGACGGGAAGUUCCCGUGCUCUGAUAUCGCGGGCAAGAUCUACGGCGGCGAGGUCGUCCCCGUGGGUGACUCGGACACCAUCAGCUGGAUUGCCGGGCGCGGUGACGGGCCGAAGAUCUUGGUUUGGUAA